UUCGUAACUGGCUCAUAUUCUCUUCUUCAUAGGCUUUGCGUGUCAACUGCCCAAAAUUUCAUUUCUUUUCCCUUUGCCGAAGCAAUCACUAAGAUAUGUAUGUAUAUUGACAGAUUAUAAAUUAAUCUACAAAGAAAGAACAGGAAAACCCAGUUACUGAAACAUCGGAUUUUCUUCAAGAUAUAAUUGAAGAUAUACUGAAGUAUUGUGUAUAUAUUCCAUGGAUCGAGACAAUAUUUAGAAUCGUGGGUUGCUGAUUAGUCUUAUCAUUGGUGUGCGUUCGAUCAUUUCCCCCGUGAUUUGUGGAAGCGCGGGGCGUCGAAGAGAUGUCUAGUUUUGUGGGAGUUAUCGUGUCCGAUCAAUGGCUUCAGAGCCAGUUUACGCAAGUUGAACUUCGGAGCCUCAAAUCCAAAUUCAUAUCUAUAAAGAAUCAGAAUGGCAAAGUUACAGUUGGGGAUUUACCACCUUUGAUGGCAAAACUAAAGGCUUUCAGUGACAAGCUCAACGAGGAGGAGAUCAGGAGAGUGUUGGAAGAAUCAAAUUCUGAUUUUACUGAUGAGAUUGAUUUUGAAGGCUUUCUCAAGAUGUAUUUGGAUUUACAAAGUCGAGCUACUGCCAAAGGGGGGAAUUCAAAAUACUCGUCAUCAUUCCUUAAGGCCACUACAACCACCCUUCUUCACACUAUCAAUGACUCUGAGAAGGCAUCAUAUGUUGCUCAUAUCAACAGCUACCUCAGAGAUGACCCGUUUUUGAAGCAGUUCCUUCCCAUCGAUCCUUCUUCAAAUGCUUUAUUUGAUCUUGCAAAAGAUGGAGUCCUACUAUGUAAGCUAAUCAAUGUUGCUGUACCUGGGACAAUAGACGAGCGGGCUAUCAACACCAAACGGGUACUCAAUCCAUGGGAAAGAAAUGAGAAUCAUACACUUUGCCUUAACUCUGCAAAAGCUAUUGGCUGUACAGUAGUCAAUAUUGGUACUCAAGACUUGAUUGAAGGAAGACCUCAUUUGCUACUCGGGUUAAUUUCUCAAAUUAUAAAGAUUCAACUACUGGCUGAUCUCAACCUCAGAAAGACACCCCAGCUGGUAGAACUGGUGGAAGACAACAACGAUGUUGAGGAACUUAUGGGACUAGCUCCAGAGAAGGUUUUGCUUAAAUGGAUGAAUUUCCAUCUCAAGAAAGCAGGCUACGAGAAAACUGUGACAAAUUUUUCUUCGGAUGUGAAGGUACGUAUUUGUUUGGAACUUCAUAUUCUGCUUUGGGGUGGUGGCAGUGGUGAUGUAAAUGUUCAGCUUGGCACAGUGAAAGAACCUCUACUGCAGUUAAGUGUGUGUUGUUUGGGUUAUAAUCCUUAUAAGGAGAUUAUAAUGAGAGGAGUAAUGAGUCCCAUGAAAUGUGUGGAUAAUAAGAAUGGCUUGUCUACGGACAACAAAAAAAUCUCUUUUGCAGAGAUGAUGACGGAUGAUGAACUAAUAUCUAGAGAAGAGAGAUGCUUUCGCUUAUGGAUCAACAGUCUAGGAAUUACAUCUUAUGUCAAUAACUUGUUUGAGGAUGUUAGAAAUGGGUGGAUCCUUCUGGAAGUGCUGAACAAAGUUUCUCCAGGAUCUGUCAACUGGAAGCAGGCAACCAAACCUCCUAUAAGAAUGCCAUUCAGAAAAGUAGAGAAUUGUAACCAAGUCAUUAGAAUAGGGAAGCAGUUGAAGCUUUCCCUAGUCAACGUAGCUGGGAAUGAUUUUGUACAAGGGAAUAAGAAACUCAUACUUGCUUUCCUUUGGCAGUUAAUGAGGUUCAAUAUGCUUCAACUCUUGAAGAACUUAAGAUCCCGUUCUGAAGGAAAGGAGUUUUCUGAUGCUGAUAUACUGACUUGGGCUAACAAAAAAGUGAAGCAUUCAGGCAGAACAUCUCAAAUGGAAAGUUUUAAGGACAAGAACCUUUCAAGUGGAUUAUUCUUUCUUGAGCUUCUCAGUGCAGUUGAGCCACGAGUUGUUAAUUGGAAUCUCGUUACCAGGGGUGAAAGUGACGAGGAGAAGAAGCUGAAUGCUACUUAUAUAAUCAGUGUUGCCAGGAAGCUUGGCUGUUCCAUCUUCUUGUUGCCUGAAGAUAUCAUGGAGGUAAACCAAAAGAUGAUCCUUACUCUUACUGCAAGUAUAAUGUAUUGGAGUCUUCAGCAACCUGUGGACGAGCAGUUGUCCCCAUCACCUGCUGCUUCUAGUCGUGGUGCAUCACCCGAACCUUCCAUUGAUGCCAUUCCAUCUCCUGUUGCAACUGCCUUUUCUCAUGGAUCACCUUCACCUUCAACUAAUGGCACUCCAUCCCUGGAUUUUGCCACCACUCCCAGUUCAUCCCCCGGGCUUCCUCUUAAUGGUUCUUUUGCCAAUGAUGCAACUGCUCCUCCUGAGGUAUCCCCGCCACCAUCCUUGAGAGGAGAAGACAGCUCGCUUGCAGCUGAAGUAUCAAAUGUGAUCAUUGAUGACGCAGACUCUGACACUACGACCUCCGGUCCACUAGUAGAGGAUGCAGCCUCCGACACCUCUACAUCUAUUGCACAAGUAGAAAAAGAGGAUACAGAAUUACAAAGUGAGCUAUAGUUGCUUGGCAAAUGCAUACAAUAAGAAUAUGUUUUGUAGGUCAGUUUGAUGGAACUUUUAAGCCCGUCUUUGUCAAGUUAUACGUACAGAGAAGCGCUGAGGUACAAAAAUGUUUCGACUUUCAAGAAAAUGUUUUUUUUAAUUAUUAUUAAUUUUCAAUUUUUGCAAGGAAAAUCACAUUUUUAAUAUAUGAAAUAUUUAUUAUAAACAUGUAAAAAAAAGAUAAAGCACAAGUGUAAGAUCUAGUGAAGUAGUCAAAUAAUAACAGUUUGGUGGCAGAAUUUACUGUGUACUUCUCAACAUAUGGAUGUGUCUGAUCGUGUAUUGUGAUUUUGAUACACCUUUUCUUGUGUUA